AUGGCCGCUAUGCUGUUCUCUGAUGCCGGUGGGAAGGAAGGAAACAUGUGGGGAGAUAACAGCGCCAACUCGAACGGCGGUGUUUGCUCGGAGAAGAAUGGCGCUGGUUCUCCUACAGGCAAUGGCGUGCCUGCGGCCGGAGCAUUUGCGACAUGCCACGCUUGCACCACGGCCCGAGUUUCCCGUAGUGUGACGUGCCAGGGUUGCGAAAAAACGUUCCACUGGACGUGCAUGGGGUUCUACGAGCACAAGUACCAGAGGCCAGGACCCAACUGGAGGUGCAAGGACUGCAAAACGGCCGAAGCUGGUGGAGGAGAGGCAGCAUCUCCAGCAGCGCUGGCGACUCAGGCAGUGCAAUUGCGGGAGUCAGGAGAAGCGAUAGAUGUGGAUGACUCCCUGGCAACCCCACCGGAAACCGUUCGUCUGGUAGCAGCCGUUCCAACUGCGACGGUUACAUCAUCGGCGGCGGUUGCGUCGCCGUCGGCGCCGGCGCCGGCAGCAACGCCGCCGGUAGAGUUGGCAGCGCCGACUACCCCGACUGUACCGUCGUCUACGGGCGAGCAUAUGUGCCCGGUCUGCAAGAAGGGUCUUGGCCGAAAGCGGACCAUGGACUGCAGCAUGUGUCGCACACCGUCGCACGCGGGUUGCGUCAACGUUAGGGGCGCCGAGACGCCAAAGAGCUGGGUGUGCCGUGAUUGUAAGCCGCGUGCCCAGGCGACCGCGGGAGGGUAUCCAGGGGAUGGAGCGCAGGCGAAAGCAGCAACUCUCCUGGUCGCAGCGCAAACGUCGAUUUCUCCCAUAGUCUCCACAGCAACCUUGGCUUCUCGCCGCGAUGAGAGUGCCUCCCGUGGCGCCAGCGGUAGCGACAGCGUUGGAGUGCCUGGCGAAGACUUGCCCGACUUCGAAGGGUCGGGGGAAGAGACUGACUCGGACCAGGACAGGAGGUCUCCGCGCUCUAGUGCGGCAGCCAAGGUUGCGGAGACGGCGGCGAAGGAGCUUGUGGCGACGGCCAAACUAGAAGCGCUGAUGAGUCAGCGUGACAAGGUGAUGGGCGGCAUGGGGGUGGCUACGGCCGCUGCGUCUGGGAAAGAGGGACGUGAAAGAGGAGGGAGUACAUCGGCAGGGUCAGGAGAAGCAGCCGAAAGAGGCGAGGGUGAAGACCACGGUCGUGACGCGCCCGCAGAAGGCGUCGAAGGUAGCUCCCCGUCUCCCAGCAGAUCCCAGCGGAAGGGCGCUGCUCAGCAGAAACCACCGCCUCCGCCGGCAGUAGAACCACCGAGCGCGUUGCUGCCGGUGCCCCCGCUGCCGGGAUUUUCUUCGCAAUCUUCCCCGCCGGACCCUACGGCCACGCCUGAGGCCAGCGGUACGACGGCCACGGAAGCCCCGCGGCGGCCGCCGCCGCCUCCGCCGCCGCCCCCGCCGCUGCCAUCGGCCGGACCGCCGGUUUCGGUGAAGCAGCACGUGGUCGGUGAUGCGGGGUUGGAACCACCGUUGCCCCCGCCGUUGCCCUCGCCCGACGCGCCGCCGCCGUCGACCGCGUCAACACCGUCAUCCCACGGCGUUCAGUUUUCAUCGACGGCGAGUACCGUUCCGGGCGCGGAACCUUUCUCACCCUCCGCGGAGGGGUGGUCUCUGGGGCGCACGGGGGCGCAGCCCCCGCUACCGCCGUCGGCACCGCCCCUGCCUUCGCCUCCACUCCCCCCUCCGCCCCCUCCGCCCCCUUGUCCGCCUAGAUCCACCGGGGGCAUCGGGUGGGCGGCCGGCGCAUCGAAUGCCGAGAUGGAGCUUAUUCCGCUCGGCAGGUCGUCGUCGAGUGGGAAAGGCAAAGCCUCGUCAGAAAUGGACCGUUCUAAGGGGGCGGGGGCGAAGGCGGUAGGGACGGGCAGGAAGUCGUUCUUGUUCUCUGACGAGGAGCAGAGGGCAAUGGAGGAUGUUUCCGGCGGAGGCGGUAAAGCAGCGAAGGGGAAGCCCACGACGAUUCUGGCGGCAAGGAAGAAGGUCAAGAAGAAGCUUGGGGCCGGGAUCAAGCCGAAGGUGGCUACCGUGUUUACGGAUGAGGGCCAAGCCGCCGCAGCACGGAAGGUGGGUCGCGUUGCUGGAGAGUAA